UCAGACACCAAUGACACUCUUGAGGUAAGUGAUGACAGUGCUGGAGAUCAAGCCCUCAUUGCUGACCUGCGAGCUGCGCCAACCCGCGAAGGCAGUUCAACGAACGAUAACAGGCAAAUCCGUUAAAAAAGGUGUCGGUUUCUAAUCUAUGGGACUAAAUAUGUCUCUCCUCAAGGCAAUGAUAAAAGAGGGUUUUUCUGUUGCUAUAAUACGCCUAGUUAGAAAAAAGCUAUACUUUUAGUGCUUGAUGGGCGGACGUAAUUGGUAUGGCGAGGACAGAUAGCGGGAAGACUGUAUCGUUCGUCAUACCCAUGGUUGUGAGGUUGAAGACACACAGCCUUAGGGUGGGGGCGCUUGCACUGUUGCCGGGUGGGGGGUUGGUGUUGCAGACUAUGAAGGUUGUUAAAGGAUUUAAAGGUCGUACUGUUAGCGGAAGGGAAUAGUCUCGAGGGGCAGUUUGGGUGUAUGGUUGGGAAUCCUGAUAUGUGUCUUCUCUGCUUUUUUGCCUCCCUAAGUUAAUCCACAAGAUUCUUAUAUCUGAUCGGCGGGUUGCAGGAUUAUUGCGACUCUCAGACAGUUUAUGCACUUGAAAGUUGUGAUGGAACAGGAUCUUACGUCUGUUCAGUAUGUUAUCGUGGAUGAAGAGGGUCAUCAUUUCGAAUGGGUCUAUCAGCACAAUUGAGGCAGAUUUUGCAUUCAUUACCAUCUAAUUUCCAACUGCUACUUUUCUCCGCUACACCUCCGAAGUUGCCUAUUGAAUUUGUGAAGGCUGGCUAGCAGGAACCGAGUUUGAUUCGAUUAGAUGCAGACUCCAAGGUUUCUCAGGACCUUGAGAGCGCAGUUUGCAAGGUUAAGAGCAAU